GUUCCAGGUCUCAGGUCUGAUUGAGGGUCAGUGGUACGCCUACAGAGUGCGAGCAUUUAACAAACUUGGUGCCAGUCGACCCUGCAGAGCGACUGAUGAGAUCCAGGCUGUGGACGCUAGAGAACCUCCAGAGAUCCAGCUGGACGUGAAGUUGCUCGCUGGUCUGACCGCGAGGGCCGGAACCAAGAUUGAGCUUCCUGCUGAUGUCAAAGGAAAACCCGAUCCCCGCGUGAAGUGGACCAAGGCUGACCAUGUCCUGAGAGCCGACAACCGCAUCGCCAUUGACACGCAGCCAGGACACUCCAAACUCUCCAUCGUGGACACAACGAGAGGAGACACUGCCACCUACAUCAUUGAGGCCGUCAACACGUGUGGACGUGCCACUGCCACCGUUGAUGUCAACAUCCUUGAUAAACCUGGCCCUCCUGCGGCCUUCGAUAUCUCAGAGAUCACCAACGAGUCGUGCUUCAUGGCCUGGAACCCCCCCAGAGACGACGGUGGCUCGGCCAUCACCAACUACAUCGUGGAGAGUCGCCAGAUGGACAAAGAGGAGUGGGUGAAGCUGUCGGCCACCGUAAAACACACCACGUUCAAAGCCUGCAAGCUCACAGCCAUGAAGGAGUACAUCUUCAGGGUCAGUGCUGAGAACCAGUAUGGAAUCGGUGCUCCUGCAGAGCAUGUGCCAAUCAUUGCAAAGUAUUCGUUCGAUCCUCCUGGUUCUCCAACCAGAGUCACUCCCUCUGACAUUGCUAAGGAUGCUGUGACUCUGACUUGGUUCGAGCCUGAUGAGGAUGGUGGCAGUCCCAUCACCGGAUACUGGAUCGAGAAGUUCGAUCCCGAGAGCGACAAGUGGAUCAGAUGCAACAAACUGCCCAUCAAAGACACAACCUUCAGGGUGAAGGGACUCCCCACCAAGAAGAAGUACCGCUUCCGUGUUCUGGCUGAGAAUCUGGCAGGACCUGGAAAUCCUAGCGUGGAGACCGACCCUGUCCUCAUCAAAGAUCCCAUUGAUCCACCGUGGGCUCCUGGUAAACCUGUCAUCAGGGACAUCGCCAAGACCUCGGCCCUGUUGGCGUGGACCCGGCCGGAACAUGAUGGUGGAGCCAAGAUUGAAGGCUAUGUCAUUGAAUUCCAGAAGACUGGAAGUGAGGAGUGGAUCCGGAUCGCAGAGGAUGUUCCUCAGACUGAGCACCAGCUGCAGGGUUUGAUGGAAAAGCAGGAGUACUCCUUCAGAGUGAAGGCUGUCAACAAGGCCGGCGAGAGCGAACCAAGUGAUCCCAGCGACCCUGUGGUCUGCAAGGAGAGACUCUAUCCUCCGUCAGCUCCUCAGUGGCUGGAGGUGACUAACAUCACCAAGAUCAAUGCCGACCUAAAGUGGCAGGCUCCCAGCAGUGAUGGAGGCUCACCCAUCACCAACUAUGUGGUAGAGAAGAGGGACGUGAGGCGGAAGGCUUGGCAGGCGGUCGACACCACCGUCAAGGAACUCAAGUACACCGUUAGUCCUCUCAAUGAAGGAUCACUGUAUGUGUUCCGCGUUGCCGCUGAGAAUUCUAUAGGGACGAGUGAAUUCUGUGAACUGGAGGACGCUGUGCUCGCCAAAGACACAUUCACCACUCCUGGACCUCCUUACGCUCUGACGGUGGUGGAGGUCACCAAGAGACACGUGGAACUGAAAUGGGAAGCUCCCAAGAGCAAUGGUGGACGACCUAUAACCAAGUACGUGAUUGAGAAGAAAGAUAAGCUGGGAACUCGUUGGCUGAAAUGCUGCAAGACUGCAGACAAACAGACUCAGUUCAAGGUGACGGAUGUAGACGAAGGGUCGGAGGUUCAGUUCCAAGUCAGAGCUGAGAAUGAGGCCGGAGUCGGAGAUCCGAGCGAACCCACCGAGAUUCUCAACAUCGAGGAUCCAACCAGUGCCCCGUCUCCUCCUCUUGAAGUUGCUGUCCCUGACGCCAGCAGGGAGCACAUCAAUGUCACCUGGAAGCCUCCUGUCAAAGAUGGCGGCUGCCCGAUUACUGGCUACCAUGUGGAGGUGGCGGAGGCACGUCCGGAACUGAAGUGGCUCCGAGUCAACAACAGACCCAUCAAAGAGCUCAAGUUCAGGAUUGACGAUGGUAUUAAACCUGAGAAGAAGUAUGUCAUCAGAGUCCGUGCCAUCAACUCUGUCGGAGUUAGUGAUCCAUCUGAGAUCUCGGACAAGGUCUCCACCAAAGAUCCCGACUGUGCUCCAACUAUGGAUUUGGAGGCACAGGACAUGGUUGUGGUUGAGGGUGAGAAACUGCACCUGAACAUCCCCUACAGGGCAAUUCCAACCCCCAAGAUGGUGUGGCAGAAGGACACAUUAGAGUGUAAGGCCGAUGACCGUCUCUCAAUGACAGUAGAGAUGAACAGUGCUCACCUGGAGCUGCUCAAGUGCACACGUGCUGAUGCCGGUGCUUACGCCAUCACACUAGAGAACAGUCUGGGAACUGCAACCGGAACCAUAAAUGUCAAAGUCAUCGGACUCCCCGGUCAGUGUAAAGACAUCACGUCCAGCGACACCACUAAGAACUCCUGCAAAAUCAGCUGGGAAGCCCCAGAGGAUGAUGGCGGCACGCCCAUCAUCAGCUACACCCUGGAGCGCCGUGAGGCCUCCAAGAAGACGUAUAUGCCUGUGAUGUCAGGAGAGAACAACCUGACGUGCUCAGUCAAAGACCUGUACAUCAACUGUGAGUACUACUUCAGAGUGAAGGCUGUCAACAAGGUCGGAGCUGGAGAAUAUCUGGAGCUACGCAACCCCGUCAUCACAGAGGAAAUCAAACAGAAACCAGAUCCGCCCAUCCAGGUGGAGGCUCAUGACCCAACAUCCAAGUCCAUCACUGUCAAGUGGAAGGCUCCGGACUACGACGGUGGCUGUCCCAUCCAGGGCUACAUUGUGGAGAAGAUGGAGAAGGAUGGUGACCGCUACGAGAGAGUCACCCCGAGCCUGGUCCCCAGUUUGACCUAUGUGGUGACAGGCCUGACGGAGGAUAUGGAGUAUCAGUUCAGGGUCCGAGCUGAAAACGCAGCUGGAGUCAGCGAGCCUUCACGUAGCACGCAGCUCAUCAAGGCCGCAGAUCCCGUUGAAAAACCAAAGGUCACCCUCCACGCCCGUGUACAGUCUGGUUUGAGCAUCAAGAAGAACGAGGAGAUCCGUAUCGACGCCUUCAUCUCUGGGUCCCCUUAUCCUAAAG